AUGUUAAAUAAUGAAAUUCUUUUCCUUUGUUUAUUCACUAUUUUAAACCCAAUAAUUGUUUUUAUAAUGAGAUUUUAUUACAAGAUAAUUUAGAAGGAUUGCUGCUUUCAUCAGCCAGUUUCUUCUUCUUAUUUUAUUGAUGACACCUAAUGUCAUUAUAUAUGUUUUUUACUUAACAAAAUAUUUAUUAUACUAUUUUAGAUUAACAAUGAAAUCAGAAUUUUAUAAAGAGGCAAUAAUUUUUAGAGGCAAUAUAAAUUAUAUCACAAGUUUUCUAGAACAGCUUUUAAAUUUUUAGAAGAAUCAUAAUUUAUAGAUUAAUAGUUUCAAGUUUGA